CAAUUAAUUAGGCCUCUGGCUAAUAUGAUCCUAUAUGUAGCACUGAACUCAGGAAUGCACAAUUUCCAACUUCAGCACUCAGAAACUCAAGGGGAGCAUAUCACGUAUAAAAUAUUUUUAAUCUCAUAAUGUGUCAAUACUCUAGAGGAAGUGUGAGCUAAGCUUGAUUCUGCUGUCUCUUACCGCCCGCGGCUAUUACACGCGCCCAAGACAGACAACAUUGCUUCAUUUCCAGUUCCAACAGAGCUCUCAACCACAUCAACGAAUAUUCGAUGUAAACCAGUCGCAGUAGUGAUACUUCAACGAGAUAUAUAUAUCUUUGGCCAUGGACCAACGUUCGUCUGGGGAGCUCAACUGGCGCCUCAGCGCGCAUCCCGUCACCUUGUUGGUCUUCCUAGGCUUCCGCAUCGGAAGCCUAUUAAUGUACCUAUUUGGCCUUUUAUUCAUCAAUAACUUCAUUCUUGUCUUCAUCCUAACACUCCUCCUUCUCUCCGCCGACUUCUACUACCUGAAAAACAUUGCCGGCCGCCGCCUCGUCGGACUCCGCUGGUGGAACGAAGUCAACACCACCGACGGUGAUUCUCACUGGGUCUUCGAAAGUUCAGACCCAAACACGCGGACGAUCAAUGCUACCGAUAAACGGUUCUUCUGGCUCAGUCUUUACGCUACUCCGGCGCUAUGGAUUGGUCUUGCGAUCCUUGCCAUUAUAAGAUUGCAGAGUAUCAUCUGGUUAAGUUUAGUUGCAAUUGCGCUUAUCCUUACUAUCACGAAUACGGUGGCGUUUUCACGGUGUGAUCGGUUCAGCCAAGCGUCCAAUUUCGCAAGCAGUGCCUUGUCCGGUGGCAUUGCGAGUAACUUUGCUUCGGGAAUGAUUGGGAGAAUUUUCAGAUAAGACAGCAAGCGGAUGGGGGAGCUUCAUGCCUUCGGUCAAUGAUCGGAUCUAUAUGACUUACACACAUACCCAACGACGUCUUAAAAUAUUUCCAAGGCCCCGGCCUACCAAGUCGGGCGUUUUCCACCUUUUUUGAAGUUCUUUUGACUGAUACGAUAACUGUGACUGUUAUGCUCUCUGGGCCAGAGGUAACAGGUCCACAAUGGCUUUUCCUAUUUGGCGUUCGGUAUUUUGAACGGAGCUUUGCAUGUCUUAUCCUAUACUAUACUACCAUAUUUCUACCUUAUCAUAUGUUGUGUAUAUACUAGCUCGAUUUACAGGCGUUUUUCUGUACCAUUCCCAAGCGAUUUAGACAAUGACCGAAUUUCCUUGAGCUACAACCACACCAUCACCAUCCCCCACAUCUCCUCCAAUCAGAUCUUCGCCCCUUCCUUCUUCGCCGUGCGCUGCGCAUGAUACAAACUUUUUAUUUCCUCCCUAACCGCCAAAUCGCUCAGAAUCUCCUCACUCCCGCCCCCGACCACAUAAACCCUAACAUCACGACUAAUCUGCUCGAUUCGUGCCCCCCGCCCGCUCUUAUUAUACCCCGCGCCGCCCAGGACUUGCUGCGCCUCGCGACACACUUUCUCCAGGCAGCGCGUGGACAUCACUUUGAGCAGUGCAGUCAUGCCACCGACAUUAACCUCCUGGCCGUUCUUGGUGGCCACGUGGAUGGUGUACGCCAGUUGCUCCAGGAAGGCCUGGCAGGGCUCGAUAAGGCGGCCUAAUUUGCUGAAUUUUGCGCGGAUUAUUUGGUUCGUGAUUAAUGGCUGGCCGAAUGUCUCGCGGUUUGUGGCGUAGUUGUAGGCAUCCUCGACGCAGACACGCGAGAGGCGGAUGCAGGAGAUGGCUAGACCGAGACGUUCGGGAUUGAAGUCUGGGUAAUAAUUUAGUUUCGGGUUGGAAUGGAAAUUGAAAGAUGGAUAGGACAGGAGGAAAAGUGGUCAAAGAGACGUGUGUAGGAGAGCGACUUACUCGACAUGAUAUACCUGAAUCCAUCAUUUUCAGUCCCGAUGAGGUUUUCCACUGGGACUUCCACGUCGUCGAAUUCAAUGAAGGUCGAGCCACUGGCGUUAACGCCGGAGUUCUCCAUUAUUCUCCUCGUCACGCCCUUGGCUGCUAACGGGAUGAUCAGGAGAGAAAUGCCCCUGCGCCCCUCUCCGCCUGUCCUGACCGCAGCCGUGCAAUAAUCGGCCCAUAUCCCGUUGGUGAUCCAUUUUUUGGCUCCGUUGACGAUGUACUUGUUCCCCCUCCGUAUGGCUGUGGUUCUAAUGUUAGCGACGUCGGAUCCCGCUAGAAAUAUUUAUGUUAGCAAACUCCCAUAAACUAUGCAGAUUAUCGAUGAAUCGUAUGCAUACCAUCCGGCUCAGUAAUGCCCAAGCAGAACCGUAUCUCUCCGCGAGAAAUUUUGGGCAAAUACUCGAGCUUUUGUGCCUCGUUUCCGAAAUCCAGAAUUGGAGGGCACCCAAUAUUAUUUCCGCCAAAAAGACCCCAAAGUACGCCGGUAUAGCCAACUCUAGUUUCACAACAUAGCGUUCGUCAGUAAUUGUUCGUCAGGCAAAGUUUUGAAAUAAGCAAUACAAAGCAUAAUAAAUGAGACCAACCUAUUCAACUCAUCCGCCACCACGAGGUUAUGAAAUAUAUCCCACUCCUCCGGCUCAAUGCCAGCGGGCAGGGACAGCCCACCCAUAUACUCCCUCUUGGUAGGCUUGAUGAUCGUGAACCCCUUUUCUACGUAGAGUUUAAGCGCCUACAUAGUAGAUAUUUUAGAUGGUGCCUUCCAGUGAGCCGUGCCAAAGAGUAUUUUAUAAAUGCAGGGGCAAAAUCAGGAAUCCCAGUAUAAGUUUCUAUUAUUUCAUGAAAUCUUACCUCUGGCGGAAUAAAGCCUUGCUUUUCAUACUCGUCUGCAUAGGGCCUUAAAUGGUUCUCAACGUAGUCGCGGACGAAUAGGCGGAGAUUCCUGUGAGACUCAUUGUAGUAUGGGGAGGUGUCGCGAGAGUGCCAGAACGGCUCUGCGUAGGGCGCAGUGGAUCCGAGGAGGGCGG